GCACCCGGCACUCAAACUGUGUACGACAAGUCUUAUAAAAUAUCAACCAUGAAGAUCUCAAAGCUGCCAUUCAUCUUAGUGACUGUAUUGGGCAUUACACUCUUCAUCAGCUACAUCAGAUGGAAACCUAGCACUCCUGUGGCAAUGGAGAAAUCUCUUCCUCACCUGCAGCUUGAACAUGGGAGAGAAACUGUUCCUAAUGAAAUCCUUUAUGGAAUAAUGUUUGAUGCUGGGAGCACUGGUACCCGAAUACAUGUAUAUAAAUUCAAGAAAAUAUCCUCUGAUCCCCUGCACCUGGAGAAUGAAAUAUUUAAGGCUAUAAAGCCAGGACUGUCUGCAUAUGCUGAUGAUCCAGGGCAGUGUGCUGCAGGGAUAAAGGAAUUGCUUGAUAUUGCAAAAGAAGAAAUACCUGGUCACCUAUGGAGGUCUACUCCACUGGUCCUCAAAGCCACAGCUGGGUUACGUCUGUUACCGGGAGAGAAGGCUCAGAAGCUUCUAGACACUGUAACAGACCUUUUUCAAUCAUUUCCUUUUCUUGUUGGAAAAGAUAGCGUUUCUAUCAUGAACAGUACUGAUGAAGGGAUAUUUGCUUGGAUUACUGUAAACGUUUUAACUGGGAGUAUAACACAUGCUUCUGAAAAGUUGUCUGGAAUGCUGGAUCUUGGUGGUGGGUCAACACAAAUCACCUUCUAUCCUUAUGAUAAGAAUACUUUUCCCAGUGCACCAGCGGGAUACAUCACCAACUUUGAUCUGUUUAACAACACAUACCACCUAUAUUCACACAGUUACCUUGGACUAGGUUUAAUGUCAGCAAGACUGCAAAUUAUGGGUGGAGAAGAUGAAAAGCCUUUGCAGCCAGGCGAUGAGUUGGUGACGCCUUGUAUAACACCUGGCUUUAUUACGGAGUUUAAACAAGCAGGAAUAUCUUACAAGGUGAACGAUGUAACUUCUUUGUAUGAAUCCUGUUAUAGAAGAGUAUCUAAGAUGCUGAGUGGCAAAGUAAGCCAUGCCAAAGAGGUUUCCAGCCUGUUCUUUUAUGCCUUUUCCGAUUACUUUGAUCGGGCUGAGGAUGCACGUUUGAUAGAUCCCAGUGUUGGCGGCUUUAUAAAGGUUGCAGACUUUGAAAUGAGAGCAAGGAAAGAAUGUACGGCCAUAGAAAAGACAGCGGGGUCCAGUUCAUCAUUUUUGAAGAUCACCAUUUUUGAAGACUGUACAUAUAUUUAUGAAAUCAUCAUGUUUGAAGAUUCUGCAUAUCUAUCAAAGAGCAAGAAACUGUCCUAUGAAAACCUUCUCUUUACAUCAAAUAUGUUUAUUUUUGAUUAA